ACUCCCGCACGCGUCCGCUCCCGGAGCCUGGGGAGGGAGAGCGCGGGCGCGGGGAGCUGGAGCCGGGCGCCGCCGCCGCCGCCGCCUCCGCCGCCGAGGCUUCCGUCUUGCUCGCUCGCGCAGCGGCGGCAGCAGAGGUCGCGCACAGAUGCGGGUUAGACUGGCGGGGGGAGGAGGCGGAGGAGGGAAGGAAGCUGCAUGCAUGAGACCCACAGACUCUUGCAAGCCGGAUGCCCUCUGUGGAUGAAAGAUGUAUCAUGGAAUGAACCCGAGCAAUGGAGAUGGAUUUCUAGAGCAGCAGCAGCCUCAGUCCCCCCAGAGACUCUUGGCCGUGAUCCUGUGGUUUCAGCUGGCGCUGUGCUUCGGCCCUGCACAGCUCACGGGCGGGUUCGAUGACCUUCAGGUGUGUGCUGACCCAGGAGUCCCUGAGAAUGGCUUCAGGACGCCCAGCGGAGGGGUUUUCUUUGAAAGCUCUGUCACCCGAUUUCACUGCCAAGAUGGAUUCAAGCUGAAGGGCUCUACAAAGAGACUGUGUAUGAAACAUCUGAACGGAACCCUAGGCUGGAUCCCAAGUGAUAAACCCGUCUGUGUGCAGGAAGAUUGCCGCAUCCCGCAAAUUGAAGAUGCCGAGAUUCAUAACAAGACAUACAGACAUGGAGAUAAAUUAAUCAUCACUUGUCAUGAAGGAUUCAAGAUCCGGUACCCUGACCUGUACAACAAGGUUUCAUUAUGUCGUGAUGACGGAACGUGGGACCAUCUGCCCAUCUGUCAAGGCUGCCUGAGACCGCUCGCCUCUUCUAAUGGCUAUGUGAACAUCUCCGAGUUCCAGACCUCCUUCCCAGUGGGAACUGUGAUCUCCUAUCACUGCUUUCCUGGAUUCAAACUCGAGGGGUCAGAGUAUCUUGAGUGCUUACACAACCUUAUCUGGUCGUCCAGCCCACCCCGGUGCCUUGCUCUGGAAGUCUGUCCGCUACCUCCCAUGGUGAGUCACGGCGAUUUCAUCUGCCACCCGCGGCCAUGUGAGCGCUACAACCACGGAACCGUGGUGGAGUUUUACUGCGAUCCCGGCUACAGCCUCACCAGUGAUUACAAGUACAUCACCUGCCAGUACGGGGAGUGGUUUCCUUCCUAUCAAGUCUACUGCAUCAAGUCAGAGCCAGCGUGGCCCGGCACCCAUGAGACCCUGCUGACCACGUGGAAGAUCGUGGCGUUCACGGCGACCAGCGUGCUGCUGGUGCUGCUGCUUGUCAUCCUGGCCAGGAUGUUCCAGACCAAGUUCAAGGCCCACUUUCCCCCCAGAGAUCCCUCUAAUGGAAGAAGAUCCAUAACUGGAAAAAGUCCCAGUGAUUCUACUGCCCCUUUGGGGAUGGGCACCUUGUACUUUGGAGUGAGGCCUCUGGAGGACAGAGCUUGGGGGGAUGGAGGAAGUUUUCUAAUUUAUCAGCAUGGGGACGGUGACUCCAUCAUACGUCUCGGACUCAACAGUGAGGCUGACACAAAGGGCAGUGGCAGUGCUUUUAAAUGAAACUUGAGGAUUUGCCAAGACCAGUGAGGAACAAAAAGGAUGGGGGGAGACCCUGUGUGGUCCUGGAAGAAGGUGUUAAGUGCAUCUUGUGCUGCGGAACAUGGGACAGACGGUUCCACGCAUAUCCCACCAAAUCCCACGUCCCGCUGACUUAUGUUAUGAGUACUACCCGCCUCCUCUGAAAGCAUGUCACAUUAUGUAAAUCGCUUCUAAAAUCUGCUUCAGACUGUCUCUGGACGCCAAAUUAGGAUGGAUCAGCCUCUGCCGGAAGUCUGUGUUGAGCUGCUGGAAGAGCGGCAGAGCGCCCCCUGCAGGCUCCCCAAGGAAGAUUCUGGUGUGUCCCUUGGGCUGGACAACUCUGAUCAAGGCAAGACUAAAGCGGGAUGUGGCGGUUCCACUGAGAAAGGAAAGGAAAGACUCAGACAGACUCGGCUUUCUGGAAAUUUCUUCAAAAAGUAGAGCUCCUGUCCUCCGUGCUGUCCUUUGGUGAAAUAUCAUCAGUAUUUGUAUUCAUGGUCUAGCACACGGAUCCAUGGCGUUGGCUAAAUCUUGUGACUUUACACAUGGUCAGAGUGUGUUCAAAUAGCAUCUCAUGGUGGAGAAGUAACCAAGGUAAUGUUUUGUUUCGGCAUCUUUAAAAGAUCCCACUUGACAAUUUAUCUGAGUCGUGAGCCCAUCUCCAGUUAACUAAUAGGGUUGUUGCCCCUGCUGCCAAACUCAGACAGAUUUAAUUUUCCAAAACAGAGAUUGUAUCUGAAAAUAUAUUCCUCCUCCUCCAAAUAAAAUAUGAGGUUGGAUUUUUUUCCCCCCUUUUAUUUUGUCCUGCGAAGUCCGCAGUCUCCGAAGACAGACAACUCUCCGCUCCUGCUUCCCAGGCGUCCGGCUGUCUCACCCGCCUAUCCAUCCAGCACCCGCACCACGCUCUCCCGGGGCCCACUGGGUGUCGUUCUAAGAAAAUGAUUGAUAAAAACAUUUCCCGAGUCUUGAAGUGUCUCUUCCAAUACAUGUUGAUCUGUGGAGCUGAUUCCGUUUCUCCUCUGGGUUUUAGACAAAUACAAUCAAAACUCUGAUCCAUAAAAUUGCUAUGCUGAUAGAGCGGUGAGAGCUGGA